CAUUUCCUUUUUUCUUUUUUCUUUUCUUUUCCUUCUCACUUUAUUCUUCCACAGACACACACACAUAUCCUCUCUCUCUCUCUCUCUCUCAAUUUAAAUAUCCCCUUCCUCUAUAACCAUCUCUUCCCCUUCCCCUCCCCCUCCUCCUCCUUCUUCUUCUUCUUCUUUGGUCACACUCUAACCAUCCAACCAACCAACCAACCAUCCUUUUUUUAUUAAUUAAAUUAUUAUUAUUGUUAUUAAUUAAAACAAAAUUCUAUUCCGAAAGAGGCAUCUUCUAUCCAUAAACGGGAAACUGAAAACCGCAGCAGCUUGUUGAAUUGAAUGGAUCCUUCAUCCACGAACUCUGUGAACGGAUUCUACUCGUUUCUAACACGAGGGAUCGACGAUCUAGAGAGAGUGUUCUUGAGCACCAACUUCAUGUCAAUCCAGUUUCUUCAAAGAGCGUUGUCUCUUCUCCGAUCCUUCCACACGCAAUUGACCCUUCUCGUUCAGAAGCUCCACCUUCCCGUCGGUGACAAGUGGCUCGACGAGUACAUGGACGAGAGCUCUAAGCUCUGGGAAGCAUGCCACGUCAUCAAGUCAGGAAUCUCCGGCAUCGACAACUACUACUCCGCCGCAUUGAACAUCACUUCCUCUCUUGACUCUCACCGCCACAUCACCCCUCAGCUCUCUCGUCAGGUUAUGAGAGCAAUCUCGGGGUGUAGAAGAGAGGCAGUGGGGUUAGAGGAAGAAAACAGGGCGUUAAUGGAAACGAGGAUUCAGCCUUUGUCGCUACGAUUCGAAGAGAGGGUGUCGAUAGAGUCGAAGCUGAACGGGUUCAAUGGAUUCAGGGGAGUGCUAUAUGCAAUGAGGAACGUGAGCUCGUUACUUCUGAUGAUUCUACUAUACGGAUUGGUGUACUGCUACCCUGAAUCAUCAUCGGAUUUUGUGGUGGGAGGGUACGAAGGGUGCUUGUUUCUGGGGUCGGCGUUUAUGAUAUCGACGGCGAGGCUGCAGCAGCGGGUGGCGGCGGAGAUCGGGAGGAUGAGGGGGGCGGUGGCGCCGGGGAUGAUGCUAUAUGAAUUCAGGAGGUCAAAGGCGGCGAUGGAGGAGCUGAGGGUGGAGCUUGAGAGGCAGCAGGGUGCGGUGGUGGAGUGGGAAGCAGAGGUUGGAAUAAGGGAGAGAGUGGAGAAUCUGAGAGGGUGUUUUGGUGUUCUGAGAUCUGGUGCUGAUAACAUUGUUGGACAGCUUGAUGAUUUCUUUGAUGAGAUUGUUGAAGGAAGGAAGAAGCUUUUGGACUUUUGCAGCCAUAGGUAAAAAAACAGAAAAAAGAAGAAAAAGAAAAAAAAGAAAAGAAUAGAAACAACAGUGUGUUGAGUAAAAGGAAAAAAAAAAUGAAACAAGAACAAGGUAGAGAGAAUAGAUGAUGAUGGGGGUGGUUGUAUCUUUUUAAUUUAUUAACCCUUUUUUAUUUUAUAUUC